AUGGCCACCUACACGGAGGCAUGGCCACCUACACGGAGGCAUGGCCACCUACACGGAGGCAUGGCCACCUACACGGAGGCAUGGCCACCUACACGGAGGCAUGGCCACCUACACGGAGGCAUGGCCACCUACACGGAGGCAUGGCCACCUACACGGAGGCAUGGCCACCUACACGGAGGCAUGCCCACCUACAUGGAGGCAUGCCCACCUACAUGGAGGCAUGCCCACCUACAUGGAGGCAUGCCCACCUACAUGGAGGCAUGCCCACCUACAUGGAGGCAUGGCCACCUACAUGGAGGCAUGCCCACCUACAUGGAGGCAUGGCCACCUACAUGGAGGCAUGCCCACCUACAUGGAGGCAUGCCCACCUACAUGGAGGCAUGCCCACCUACAUGGAGGCAUGCCCACCUACAUGGAGGCAUGCCCACCUACAUGGAGGCAUGCCCACCUACAUGGAGGCAUGGCCACCUACAUGGAGGCAUGCCCACCUACAUGGAGGCAUGGCCACCUACAUGGAGGCAUGCCCACCUACAUGGAGGCAUGGCCACCUACAUGGAGGCAUGGCCACCUACACGGAGGCAUGGCCACCUACAUGGAGGCAUGCCCACCUACAUGGAGGCAUGGCCACCUACAUGGAGGCAUGGCCACCUACACGGAGGCAUGGCCACCUACAUGGAGGCAUGGCCACCUACACGGAGGCAUGGCCACCUACAUGGAGGCAUGCCCACCUACACGGAGGCAUGCCCACCUACAUGGAGGCAUGCCCACCUACACGGAGGCAUGGCCACCUACAUGGAGGCAUGCCCACCUACACGGAGGCAUGCCCACCUACAUGGAGGCAUGGCCACCUACAUGGAGGCAUGCCCACCUACAUGGAGGCAUGCCCACCUACACGGAGGCAUGCCCACCUACAUGGAGGCAUGGCCACCUACAUGGAGGCAUGCCCACCUACACGGAGGCAUGCCCACCUACAUGGAGGCAUGGCCACCUACAUGGAGGCAUGGCCACCUACAUGGAGGCAUGGCCACCUACAUGGAGGCAUGCCCACCUACACGGAGGCAUGCCCACCUACAUGGAGGCAUGGCCACCUACAUGGAGGCAUGCCCACCUACAUGGAGGCAUGCCCACCUACAUGGAGGCAUGGCCACCUACAUGGAGGCAUGCCCACCUACACGGAGGCAUGCCCACCUACAUGGAGGCAUGGCCACCUACAUGGAGGCAUGGCCACCUACAUGGAGGCAUGGCCACCUACAUGGAGGCAUGCCCACCUACACGGAGGCAUGCCCACCUACAUGGAGGCAUGGCCACCUACAUGGAGGCAUGCCCACCUACACGGAGGCAUGCCCACCUACACGGAGGCAUGGCCACCUACACGGAGGCAUGCCCACCUACACGGAGGCAUGGCCACCUACAUGGAGGCAUGGCCACCUACAUGGAGGCAUGGCCACCUACACGGAGGCAUGCCCACCUACACGGAGGCAUGCCCACCUACAUGGAGGCAUGGCCACCUACAUGGAGGCAUGGCCACCUACACGGAGGCAUGCCCACCUACACGGAGGCAUGGCCACCUACACGGAGGCAUGCCCACCUACAUGGAGGCAUGGCCACCUACAUGGAGGCAUGGCCACCUACAUGGAGGCAUGGCCACCUACAUGGAGGCAUGGCCACCUACACGGAGGCAUGUUAUAG